CGGGAUUAGGCCGAUCGAGAGACCGGUCGCGCUGCUCACGCGCGAGCUUGAGGCGGCAGUUGAAGGUCGCGAGUGCAGCGCCCACAGCCCAGGAGACAGCACGCGCUGUCGCUAGCCGAGCGAGCACCAAUCAAGAGAGCUUAGGUCAAAAAGCUUCUCCCACCGGCUGCGAUGCCGCCCAAAAAGAAGAGCAAAACGAGCACGCCGGCGACGCUCCCCUGCUUCGCCACCGCACGCUUGACGAUCAUCGGCGCGAACCCCGUCCAGCGCAAGAUCUGGGCGAAAUGCGGCGGCCCGACGUUUUUGAAGCCGAGCCAAGUAAACCAGCUCACGAAUGACCGCGACUACGUCGUCGUCGCGGCGGCCGUCGACGCCUCAAUCAUCCAAACAAAAAAGGGCGCCGCGCUCGUCGUCACGGACCGCUGGCUCACGGCGUCGAUCGAGCGCAACGCGCUGCAGGACGCGGCCGCGCACGCGUGGCCCCCUCCACAAGAAUCGACGGAGGUUACACUGAUGCCGCCGCCGGGCUUUGAAAGGCCCGUGCGCUGCGUUGCGUACGACUGCGACGCUGAGUGGGUCGCGGCCGUCCGCGGUUUAGUCAGGGACCACCGGCCCCACGUCGUGUUACUACGUGGCGCGUCGGGCGCCGACGCGUUGGGCGACGGCUGGCGCGUCGCGGCCUCCUCCACAUCAACUGCGAUCCUCGCGCGGUGCGAGGGAACGAGUCUGGACGCGCCUGAGCAUGCUUGCGCGUGGCGGUCGAGAGCGGGCGACGUCUUCGCCGUCGGCGACGAUUUACGGAAUUGGGCUUCUGAUCGGCCCCGCGACGAUAUUUUGACGGUGUUCACCUCUCAAAACCUCGAGGCCGCGGGUUUGAGAGAUGCCUACGCCUUAUUAAGGCCGGGCCGGGCCGUGCCAGCAACGGCACCCACUGAAGCGUCCUGCGACUCGCUGCGCUACGGCGACGCCUUCGCUCAAAAAUACGGCGACUCGAAUCCACUAAGGAGGCCCGCUCCCCAAGAAACGAUCCCGGGCCGCGCCGAGCUCUGGACGUCGUUUUACGGCGGCGGCGUCCACCGGUUGUUGGACUGCUGCGCCGCGUCGCCCGACAAUUGCCAGAGGUGGGGCCGCGUUCUAGCAUUAGACGCGAAAAGGCGGACGGCCCUCCGCCCGGGACCCGCUGAAGAUGACGUACCACGCGCCUCAUCUGUUAUUGUGUUUGAGGGCGACCAUGACAAUGAAGCGAAGAAGGAGGCCGGUAGAAGGACGUCCGCGCGGCGAGGCUGCAUCCAGGCCUUUCCCAGCGAAGCCCUCAAGGAGCGCUCGCCUUUGCCCGUCACGAGACGGGUUUGUGCUGCUCUGUCCAAGGUCUUUAAGUUGGAGGCGGCGCGCUUAGGUGGUGAUCGGAAGACGCGCAGGCCGGGCGAAGCCCACGGCACCUGCAACACGCAAGUAUUGAUGUUCGAGCGGGCCCACGCCAUGGUGUUGAGCUGGCCGUAUCAACUGCGGACGGACGAGGACGUCUACGAGAAACUAGUGGGAGAGCGGCCCUACAUGUCUGUGGAUGGGAGACCGGCGCGCACCGUCGCGCGAGCCCUUAAUGGAGAGCUCGACACCUGGGAGGCCUGCGCCGAGUCGUUGCGAGAAUCAUCGUUAAAUGACCCCUUCGAGACUGAUGCAUUGAUCGCUUCCGCAAAGAUGGCCAAGGUGUUUGGCAUUUCCGUGGGAGACGGUGUGGUUGAUGCUGAGGAGAAGGAGGGUAAACUCCGAGGAGCGUACGAGGUCGUGCAAUACCUGAGAAAGGCGGGAUAUGGACAAAGACCGUCGGUGGAUGACGCCGUGGAUGCCAUGAGAGGGGAUGAGAAAUUCCGCGCGAAGCUCACGCAGUUCGCGAAGCACGGUCUAGAUCGGCACGCCGAGUUCUUCGACGCGCCGUUGUCGGAAGCUGAGGUCUUGGAAGGUCACUCGCUCAUCAUGCGGGGGCUGCGGGGCGCGGAUUCUCUCUGGAGGCGCUGCGUUCCCGAUUAUGAUCACACGCAGUGGGUUGUGGUCCGGGUCGGUGGCGCUCGUCGAAGACUAGCGGGUGACUGCGGCCACGACAUGGACUUUUUGGUCACGCACCCGCAGAUUUGUUCGUACGCUCGGUUGAAGCCGGUGCUCGAUGCCAUCUUGGUGGGACUGAACGCGGAGCGUUCUUCGGUAGAUUACGGCAGCGGCCAGCAGGACCUCCCCAUCACGAAUUACGGCGAGCACGUCGGGUCUGUCUUAGCGCAAAACACUCCUGAAGAGUUAUACAACGUGCCGGUGAUCCAACAAAUUCGACGGGAGAUCACGGGCACGGGAAGCGGUUGGCAGCACUGGGACCACCUCGCUCGCCAUUUUGGGGUAUUUCAUACGAAGGCCGGCAAAAGAAGGAGGCGCAUCGACAUCGUCGUGUCGUCGCACCUCGAGUGGCCGUUCGCUCUUCUGUCCUGGACGGGGGGCAAGGUCUACAAUCGUCUGUUGAGAGACUACGCGAACAAGAUCGGCUGCUCGCUCUCGGCGCACUGCCUCAUGACCGUGCCCGCCGACGCGUCGUCUCCCCGAUUGGUCCCUCAGGAGACGCACCCCGGGACGCCCGUGCCGCGGACCGAGGAGGACGUGCUGCGGCUGCUCGGCGUGCCGUGGCUGCCGCCUCAUUUACGGGACGUGUGA